AUGCUGGUUGUGAUCUUGAUAGUGUUUUUGAUAACAGAACUACCUCAGGGAAUCAUCUCCAUAUUGUGCGCUAUUUUUACUACAGACGUUCACAGAUAUUUGUAUUUUUAUUUGGGAGAUAUAUUGGAUCUUUUAUCAUUGAUAAAUUCAUGUGUGAAUUUUGUCUUGUACUGUCUCAUGUCAUCCCGCUACCGCCAAACGUUUUGGCUCGUAUUUUUACCCAGUGGAGUGCAAUCAUUCUGUAUUACAAAGCAGUCAACUACUGCGAGUAACUUCAAUUUCACUCAAAUCCAGUUGCAACGAAAAAACAGCAACAAAGUGAGAAAUAAAGAAUACGCUCCGCUGGCCACCGAAGCCGAAGAGCAUCGCGACGAAUGCGUGAGCGGUGCUGGUUCGGAGGAUAGUCGAGAACGGGUCGAACAGCUUUAG